GGAAGAAGCUGCUUUAUCUCCUCUGAGGAAAACUCGCGUCCAUGGCGGACUCUUUAUUACACCUCUUUAACCUACUGUAAGGAGUUUACUGGAUAUUUAAAAAGCCAUGCGAAGUUGGCGUGUGACCUGCUUUUCGCUUGUUUUGCUGGUGUUUUUCCUCUCGUCAGUCCUGGAGCUCACAGGUGGAGCUGAGCUCAACGUUGCUGUUGAACAGGGCACAACCAUCCUCAUCAACACAAGUUCCAGCACAAGCACACAGUGUAAAGUGUGUAUGAGAGUGCGAAACCAGCCCUUGUGCCAGGCUUAUGUGGUCCUCAGAAGUGAUACGCUUUUGGAUUUCAGCUGUUCGCAGCCAGAGAAAGUGUUUAUUGUGCAGAUCAUCAGAGACACGGGGACAAUGAACAUUGAACCCAAAGAUCACAGUGCUUUUAUAAAGUUUAAUCGCACGUUCACCUGGAAUCUGAAGCCUUUAGUUUCAAAAUCCCUCCAGUUGAAUUUCAGUAGCACGGGUUUACGACAGAUUGAGCCUGAGGACAGCUGUCCUGACAAUCACAGAUACAUACUCGCGGUGGAGAACAUCAGCAUCGGGACAUUUUGUCAGAAUGGAGUCAUCAGACAAAUUGACGUGCGUAAUGCUGGAAAACUGUCUGCGGAAGUGACUGGAGGUCAGAGUCUAAGCAUGAAAGUCAUCGCUGUAUCAGUGGGACGUUUAAUGAACUCUCUGGUUAACAUCCAUGCUGUUCUCCCAGAGAAGAGCUCAAUCCAGGACUUCAUAACACCAAACACAACCCCUGAAAAUGCAGAGAUCAUGUGGUUUUUCAGCAUGCCCAAUGCAUACUAUGCAGACGUACGCAUUCUGAAGUACACUCUUCCAACAUGCCUGUCGUCUGAAAGCAUCCCUACAAUGAAGUACACCUGGCAGGGCAGGGAUGCUCUGGUCAAGCGUAUGAAUGAAAACCAGCCGUCAGUGGAGCCUGGAAACUUUAACAUCUCCAUAAAGAACUGCAAAAUGUCCACGGUGUCUUCAUUGAACAGAUUGAUGGUGCACUUUCAGAUCUCUGCCAUCAAGAGAAGGAAGGGCCAGUGUGAAGGAGAUCUGCCAGACAAGCAAGUACUGAAGAUACAAGUAAUGAAAAAGGAUCCCAAGUCGGUCUGUGUGUUGAAACUGGAUUCGGUCAUAAUGGACACAGUCACCAUCGCUUCAGGGAACCAUUUUAUUCUUAAUACCUUUGACUGCAACAAGGAUGAGCUGGAGUUAACUGUAAUCCAGACUGAGGAAUGUAAAGAAUGGAGGAACUGUACAUCCACUCUGUUCCCGCUUCACUUCAAUUAUGAGCAGCAGUGUAUCCCAGGAGUCCUGAAGAUGAUCACGUGGUACAUUCAGGGUCCAGUCAACAGUGCAGUGGAGCUACAGUCUCCUACAGACGGCCUGCGCUACUGUUUGCCUGAAGACAAUUGCAACAGCAUCCUACUGCUAAACGUCUCCCAGGUUAUGAACCCAGGCACCACUGUUGGCCAGUUCUGUCCAAAGGGAUCCGUUCAGAAGAUACAGAUCCGGGAGUCCAAGAUUGCAGUAACUGCUUCUGUUACAAGUUUCAGCGACCGGAGUGUGGCAGCAAAACCAAUCUUAAGCUAUUCGUUCACACAAGGCAUAUCGGAAAACUACAUAUUCAGUGUCACACCAAAGAUGGAUAAUCCUACCACGCUGGCGACCCCAGGCUGGCCGUCUGCAAUGAAAGCGUCCAGCACAGUGUCCUGGAUAGUGAACAUGGAGCCGCAGUAUACAAGCGUGCUGACAUUCAGAAAUGUCAGUCAGCCCAAGUGUAAACAAGUGCACACAAACAUCGCAGUGCAGACCAUUCGCUCUCAAACGGUGCUGUACACCACUACAAAAGAUGAUAAGAUGAAGGAUCUCCUGCUGCCAGAAGGUUUUUACCUCAACAUGACGAACUGCAAGUCACCGACAGGAGCCUUCAGGGCAAUGAUGGAGGUCACGGUGCAGAGCAACACAAACAAGCUUCUGGGCAUCAUCCUGGGCGUUGUGGGCGUUGUGUUGGCCAUCGCAGUAGCUGUGGUAAUCUGGUUUGUUCUCAGGAAAAAGAAGAGGAAUAAGGCUCCCCCGGUGUCCGUGUACAACCCCAGUGAGCACGCCUUCCUUCCAGGCUUACAUGGCAUCCCGAAAACACAAGAGGAGGAUGAGGAGAACCACACGUACGCAUACAUAGAUGACACUCUGGUGUACAGCCAUCUGCUUAACGAUGACGCUGACAAUAAACAGCAUUAUGAAGACACCUCCGGCCCACAUCUGAAUAAACCGCCGUUACCGGACAGACCAGACAGAAACGUGGACAGUCACGCUCUAGACAAAGCAUUGCUUCCCAAUGAGCUGUACGGGUAUGUGCAGGGGCAGUCAACUACAUCUGGACCAACAAGAACAUCAGGCAAAAGCUCUGAGGAGCACACCUAUGAAACCAGACUCUGUGUGUGACCGAGAGCUUUAUGAAGACGUUUGACGUUUAGCGAUGUUUUGCGUGAGCAGAUUGCUUUUUUUUUUUAAAAAUGACUGCAUGCUUUUGAUAUUAAAAUGUCUGU